AUGAAUAAAAUAAACCACAAUAACAUCACUUCAAUAGACAAUCAAAGAGAGUCUGUGUCAUUUCAAGGUAUUCAAAAAGAAUGUCCAUUAUUGGUUGUGUUUGAUUUGGAUGAUACUCUUAUUCAUACUCACAUAAGUAAUAAUAGUGCGUGCAUUGAUUCAUCUGAUGCAUUUACAAUUAGGGUCAAUGAAAUAAAAUAUUGUUGUGAAGUAAGAAAAGGAGUUAUUGAAACAUUGGAAAGACUUUCAAAACGUUUUCAAAUCAUGAUUUAUACUGCGUCAAGAAAAGAAUAUGCUGACCAAGUUGUUAAUCAUUUAGAAAAAAAUUGUAAAUUAUUUUCUAAAAUUCUUUAUCGAGAAGAUUGUCUUGAAGAAGAAGGAUUAAUUUAUAAAACCAUUCAUAAUAUUAAUUAUAAUGUUAAACGAAUAAUUUGUAUUGAUGAUAAUCCUUCUGCAUGGAAAAAAUUAGAAAAUGUAUAUGUUUGUAAGAAAUACAAUGGAGGAAUAGAUGACGAAAUGAGAGACAUUGAAAAACGUAAGGGACAUAGUAUUAGAACAUUCAUUAAAUGUUGUAUUCUACUUUUUUAUUAG